AUGUUCCGGACUAGCCGUGCAGCCACUCAUGCAGGGUCGUGGUACACGGAGAAAGAGAAUGAGCUCCGAAACCAGUUGGACGGCUGGCUGCAGCUAGUUGGUAAUGCUACCCAUUCUCCCGCACGGGCAAUCAUAGCUCCGCAUGCUGGGUACAGGUACUCAGGCUCGACUGCAGCGUUCGCUUACAAGCAGAUCGAUCCCGAUCGAGUUCGGAAGAUCUUCAUUCUGGGACCAUCUCAUCAUGUGUUUUUGGAAGGCUGCGCCCUGUCCCCGGCGACAACGUAUAAAACACCUCUCAUGGAUCUCACUAUCGAUAAAGAAAUUUACGACGAGCUUUAUAAGACGGGUCUCUUCGAAGAGAUGAGCUUGGGGACCGAUGAAGACGAGCAUUCGAUAGAGAUGCAGCUCCCAUACAUUGCCAAGGUGAUGGAGAGGAAAACCAAUGGACCGUUCACAAUCAUACCAAUCAUGGUUGGUGCUAUAUCUACUGAGAAAGAGGCAAUAUACGGAAGAGCCCUAGCGAAAUACCUCGGCAGAGAAGAUGUGUGUUUCGUGGUGAGCUCAGAUUUCUGCCAUUGGGGGAGCAGAUUCCGUUAUCAGCACUACGACGAAGCCCAAGGCGACAUUUGGGAGAGCAUCAGCAAGUUGGAUCACGACGGAAUGAAGCUCAUCGAAGACCUCAGCCCAACAAGUUUUGCCAGUUAUUUGAAGAGCACGGGGAACACAAUUUGCGGAAGACACCCUAUUGGCGUCCUGCUCAAUAGCAUCGCUACCUUGCAACAAAGUCCCAUAAGGUUCAAUUGCGAGUUUCUAAGAUAUGCCCAAAGCAACCGUGUCACCAGUCGUCAAGACAGCUCAGUCAGCUACGCUUCUGCGGCGUUUCUCGUCGACGACAAAAACUAGGAUUUCGAAAGAGUCUACGUCAGUUCUCAUGGGUUCCCGUCGGCUCACUCAGAGCCAUUGUGAGCUCUUCGUAGAAGAGCAGGAGUAAACUGACAGACAGAGUACUUGGCCUACAAGGAUGAUAUCGGUAGAUGAAAAUAUAACUCGAUGAGCUAGGAUUCGUUCAGCGCGCAUUACCAAUUCAUUAUGCUCUCCUGGUGUGGUUCUUCAAGUGGUUCGUGUGGUCGAGACUAGCAUCGUGUCGUCGUGCUGUUUGCAUGGGGUCUACUCGCCAAUGAGAUAUACCGAAGUAAGGAAAGCCGGUGAUAGCGAAUUAUCCAACUCUUUCCGUUCACUGCGUCUAACUCAGUUUGAGGUUUCGGAGCUGGGAAGGCAAAUGCGGUAGUCGGAUCUCGAGAGCAUGAAAUGGGAACGGAUGGAAUUCGACAGAGGAGUCUCAUGUUGAUGCUUUGGAAGGUUUGUAAUUUUUCCUUAAGAUAUCCAGCCUACUUUGCAAUGUCCGUGAUAACACAACGUAGCUGAUAUUUCAGAAGCCCAUAUACAAAUACACCAAUAAAUAAAUCGUCAGAUGAGCAUCUGCGAA